CUUCUUCUUCUCCCCGCGUCCCAUUCCCUCUCGGUCCGGUUUCCAUUGCAUUGUACUUGAUAGUGUCAAAAUGACCUCCUUGCGUUUUGUUCGAUCGGUUUGGGAGUCCUUUCGGGCCACUUCGGGGCUAGAGCCUCGAUUGCUGGACAAUCUUCGUGUGACAGCUGCCAAACCCGGCCUGGUCAAUUUUGAACUCGACAUCAAGAAGGAGCACACAAACCGCCUGAACAUCCUCCAUGGCGGCACCAUCGCUAGCAUGGUGGACUUAGGUGGCUCCCUGGCUGUGGCUUCCCGGGGUCUGUUUGCGACCGGCGUCUCGACUGAUCUCAAUGUGACAUAUCUCAGCUCGGGUGGUAAAGUCGGCGACAAGAUUCUGGCGGAAGUCAGCUGUGACAAAUUCGGGAAAACCCUUGCAUACACCUCGAUCAAGUUCUCCAACACCAAGGGCGAGGUCUUCGCAAGAGGAAGCCAUACCAAGUUCGUUGCACUCGCCUGGAAAGACCCUCAAAACAUCGUUGAGGAGAUGUCCAAGAGCGAGUCCUAGACUACCUAGUCUGGUGUCCGUUCAAGUGAACUUAUCCGUUCGCUAGCCCCUGAACUUGAGUAGGAUCCUAUAGAACAGAGAGCACUGGCCGUUACAAUGGGGUAUAGAAAUCUGUAUAUAUAAGUCCAAUCGACUUAGCCACAUCUCGAGGCCUUUUUAUCCAAAUACCAGGCAAG